AUGGCAUCUUUGUGCAGACAAAUUGUUAGAGGAAAUGCUUUGAAAAGUGUCUUGUUCUCCACUGCCAGGCGGGGCUAUGCCGACAGAAUGAUGCCCGACCCCUUGGAACAUGCUACUGGAAUGGAGCGCAAAGAACUUCUGGCCAUGCAGGCAGGCAAUGAUGACCCCUUCAACAUGAAAAUCCUGAAGAAAUCUGCAGGCACCCGUGAUAACCCUACCCUUGUGCCUUCCUGCUUCGACGCACGUAUUGUUGGUUGUAUAUGUGAGGAGCAUGCCACCGCUGUCACAUGGCUCUGGUUACACAAGGAUCACCCUCGCCGUUGCGAAUGUGGACACUGGUACAAACUUGUCGAGAAGCCGUUUGCAUAA